UCUACGUGGCAUACUUACUCGUACAUAUUUCUUGAUUUUAUUCAAAAUUAUACCUACCUUUAAGUUGAAAAAGUAUGAUUGUUUCGGGAAGUGCACAUAAUUUCACUCUCGAUUCAAGUGAAUUUGCUAAAAGGUGUUUUAAAAUGUCAGAAGUUAAGCAGUGUUGCUAUAUAUGUUCUCUGAGAACGGGUACAUUGGUUCUGUUAUGGAUAGUUUUGAUUGGCUGCAGUUUCCACAUAUGGAAUGUUAAUCUCAAUACAACCGACUCGACUACCGAUGACAACAAAACUCCCGCAGAUACUAAAAAUAGCGCAGUUGGUUCAAAUUCCGCCAAAAUAAUUCGUAAAAAACGUUCCAUCGUUGGAAAUAAUAUCUUCGAUACUGGGAAACUAAACCCUUUCGACAAAGUUAGCAAAACUGUCGAUGGCAUCGGUUCGAAAAUCACUCAAGCAGUUCAAAGUAUCCCGGAUAAAACCAAAAACGCCAUAGACGACUCGAAGAAUACGUUGAGUAACCUCGCUAACAAAGUAGAAAAAGGUGUUUCGCGAAUAAAAGAAAUUAUACCUUCGGAAGCUACAAAGAUCGCUGAAAGUCUCCACAACGAGGCGAGCAAUCUAGGAGGAAAAAUUAUCAACGAAACGGGAAAAACUAUCGAGAAUGAAAUUUCAGUCGUUAAACAAAUCUCUUCAAAUAUUUCGACUACCAUUAUCGAUAAUCUCCAAAACGGAACUAAAAAUAUCGUAGACGAAGCGAGCAUCCCAGUGAAGUUUAUAAUCAACAAAACGGAGGAAAUUAUUGAAAAUGGAAUUUCAGUCGUCAAAGAAAUCCCUUCAAAAGCUUCCAGUGUCGUUGACAGUUUAUCGAAUAAAACUAAAACCACCGUAGAUGAUUUUAGCACGCUAGGUAAGGAUUUCAUUAACGAAAUAGAUCCGAAGGAAACUAUCCAAAAUGGAAUUUCUGCUGUCAAAGAAAUCUCUCCAAAUGAAGUUUCAAAGAUCACUGAAAAUCUCCAAAAUAAAACCACGCUACCCUUGGACCAGAUGGGGAAUUUGGUUCACAACGCUUCCAACACCAUUGUAGGCACUGUCAAAGAUCCGGUUUCGUCCGUCAAGCAGACUGUAAAUACGAUUGAAAAUUUACCAGAGAAUUUACGUGAUCGUAUAGGAGACGAUGUGGUGAUAGGGAUCAAUAAACUCGUCGGUGUGGAUAAACGUCUGGGUAAUUUGGAAAGUAUGGCGGAGAAAGUAUUGCUGAAUUGCGUUCAUUACUUUUUUCUUAUUUGGAGCAUCCUUGGAAUUAUCAGUUCUGUGUUGGGAAUUUAUGGAAUUCUUAAAAUAAUUCCGAAAUGUCUGACGUUCAGCGUUUUUUUCUUCUAUCUGUCUGUGAUAUCGGGUUUAUUCGUCAUAUUGGAAAUUAAUGUUGAUUCAAAUACCGACCGUAAGAUAAUCGUACUGAAUGAACUGGCGAAAAUCGAUUGGAAAGACCUUGAAAACUCUACGAUUGUGAGCAAUGCUGGACUUUCAUUUUUCAUAGGUGUUUCUUUGUAUUUCGCGAUUGUCGUGAAAAGAUGUCGAAGCAUGUUACAAAAUAUAAUAUUGUCGAAGAAAAAAAAUGCCACCUUGGAAGCAGAACACGAAAUCGAUGCUACAGCAACGAAAGACACAACUGUAAUCGCUAAUGUGUGAUUGACCUGAGAAUCGAUGCAGGUUACAUUUUCCCUGAAAAAAGAUACGCUUAUUAAUUUCAUCUUUUACAAGAAGAAAUCGAAUUGUUUUUGAAUAUACAAGUAUCUUCCGUUUUUCCGAUAGCUCUAUAAUCGAGACAAUGUUUUACCUACUAAGAAAAUUACUAUAUGAAGAGUGAUAUUCCAAAACUCGCUUUGUCCAUUUUCACAACUUUUCAGGAGAGAGGAAAAACAGUUUCCCUUUAAACGGGUAAAUUGGCUUUUUAGGCGAGUUUAGCAUUUUAUUUGGGUGGAUUUAUGAUGUAGGAGUGUAGGUAUACAUUUCAUCCACUAAAUACUGCUGAAAAAAAUUUCAAUAACAAUGGACAAAGCGCGUUUUGAAACAUUAUUUUUUUUUUAAUUUUUAGUGAAUUGGUUAUUUAGGUGCGUUUAACACCUCAUUUUCGUAGGUUGAUGAUGUAGGAAUGUGAGUUAAUACUUCAUCUACCAGGUACCACUGAAAACCCAACUUUGAUAAAAAUGGACAAAGCGAGUUUUGGAAUAUCACUCUUCAUAUGUACUUAAUAAUAUCCAACACCUUCACCUCUAAAAAAAACCUAUAUUAAUAAUCAAAUUGAAUGCUCGUAAUUACGAAGGUGUAUGAAUAAAAGCCACAGAUUUAUAU